UUCACCCAGGACAAAGUGCAGAGUUGUGUCUCUCGCUUCACAUAUGCGACUCUGGCUGUAAACAUACACUCGCUUCCCUGAAAUGGAAACUGGGCGGAGAUCUCGUUCCUGAAGCUCGAAAUUGAAAGUAUAAAAAGCAUUAUAGAAGGCUUGAUGCUUUUUGUAGCUUGAUGGUUAACAUUAUCACAGGUUUGUAAACCGUGUAAGGCUUAUCAAUAUCGUAACCUAUGUGGGCUGUACAUGGACCAAUGAGAUUGCGCGCAUGUCGGCCGCUUCCUCAACUGUUCAUCGAGUGUGUGCCACGGACACCACCAUUUUUGAUCAAUGCUCAGGAGCCUCGGGACUGUCAGGAUCCUCGGGACUGUCAGGAUCCUCGGGACUGUCAGGAUCCUCGGGACUGUCAGGAUCCUCGGGACUGUCAGGAGCCUCGGGACUGUCAGGAGCCUCAGGACCCAGAUGAUUCACAAAGAAUCAAACAGAACAGAAAAAGGAUGAUCAUUACAGGAGCAGCAGCAACCGUGGGAGCAACUGCAGCAGUGUUGGGGGCACCAGUAGCCCUGGGAGUGGCAGGUUUGACUACUGCUGGCGUUGCUGCUGGAGCAACUGCAGGGGGCGCCGCAAUAGGAACGGGUACAAUUGCUGCAGCAGCAACAGUGGGAGCAGUUGCGGCAGUGGCAAUGGCACCAGUUGUCCUAGGAGCGAUAGGAUUCACUGCUGGUGGGAUUGCUACUGGAUCAUAUGCAGCAAGCAUGAUGUCUGCAGCGGCCGUGGUAAAUGGAGGUGGGGUAGCAGCAGGGGGUCUUGUUGCUGUUCUACAGUCAGCAGGUGCUGCAGGGCUUUCAGGAGCGGCUACAGCGGCGGUGGGAGGUGCUGGAGCUGCGAUUAGUGGAGCCUUGGGAUGGGGGGCCGCAGGAGCAGGGUUCUCAGGAGCGGCAGCAGCUACUACAGCAGCUACGGCAGGUGCUGCAGGGCUCUCUGCAACGGCUACAGCAGCCGCGGGAGGUGUUGGAGCAGCAGUUGGGGGAACAGCAGGAUGGCUGGCCUCAAGGACAAGGACACCUGAAAAGGAGGAAGGAAAAGAUACAGGAGCAGCUACAGCAGCUGCUGCAGGAGGUCUUCCUCUAGGUGCCUCAGGAGAGGCUACAAAGGCUGUGGGAGGUGUUAGAGCAGUAGAGUUUGGAGCGUAUGAAGGGGAGGGAGGAGUCGAGGAGAGAGAGCUUUCAGGAACGACUACAGCAGCUGCAGAAGGGCUUUCAGGAGAGGCUACAGCAGCUGUGGGUCGUGUUAAAACAGCAGUUGGUGGAGCGGCGGGAUGGCUGUUCUCAAGAAUCAGGACGUCUAAAAAGGAGGGAGGAAAGUAAAGAGGGAGGAUGAGAAGAGGGCCCUUUACAUAAAAACUGUUGAUGUUAUGAAUGUUUUUUUUUGUUGCUCCUUAAUUAUUUGUUAUUUUUAUAUUUUUCUCAUUGGAAGGUUGCAAGUUCAAACCCCCGAGCUGACAAGGUACACAUCUGUCGUUCUGCCCCUGAACAGGCAGUUAAACCACUGUUCCUAGGCCGUCAUUGAAAAUAAGAAUUUGUUCUUAACUGACUUGCCUAGUUAAAAUAAAGCUAAAAAUAUAAUUUUUAUUUCAGAUUUUUGAGUUUAUUUUAGCAAAUAUUUUCUCGCUAAAAAAACAUGAGCAGGUGCAGAGUAAUAGUUUGUGUGGAGGUGCUGACUAAUGACGAAUAAACUAUCAAAAUAAAGUUGCACUCCAUGUAUAAACCCCCAGCAAUUUAAUGGGUAUUUACCAACAUUUCGGCAUCACUGUGCCUUCCUCAGGGUCUGAGUUUACAGUAAAUAUUUUCUCAACGCUGUUUUUUCUUGGUUAAAAACUUAGAUUUCUUUUUUAAGGGCUUGUAAGUAAACAUUUUACUGUAAGGUCUACCCACACCUGUUGUAUUUGGUGCAUGUGACAAAUAACACUUGAUUUGAUUUUGAUUUGAAUGAUUUCAUAAUGGUGUUAUGAGUGCAUAUGUAAACCCCCUUUUGGUGUUGCCAAAACACAUACUGGUAUAUACCCACUCAACAUGUAUUGCAAACAGAUGCAUGCACAUCCACUCAGAGGAACAAUUAUGCAUGUGACAAAAUAAUUAACAAACAUACUUUCAAAAUAGAGGUCUAUUGUAUAAUGGAAACAUGUUUUUUUAGUUGUCACCAUACCCAGCCCUUUGACACACCAAACACAGAACAGGUGUGUAAUGUGCUUUGCAGGUGUGGUUCCCUUGCACAUGCUGAAGAAAUGUAAUUCAACCACUGCAAACCCUCAUACUUCCUGGCGAACAAAUUUUCCGGUGGAGUUUCAUUCAAAUAAGUUUUCAGUACAUUUAUUUCUAAAGACAUCCCUUUAAAUUUGCUGAAAAGCAAGUUGAUUUUUCUCAACAGACUCACUAGAAUAUAUGGAGAGAAUGUUCAGAAUUUUAGAGAUCAAUGAAAGAAAGUAAUUUAAAUACACACAUAUUCGUCUCACUUCAGCACUAAUUAAAAAAUACUCUGAUCUUGUAUAUUAUUUCGGGUUCGGAAAGAAUUUAUGAAUAAAAAAACAGGUUUGAAAAGCCUUUACUUAGAGAAUUAUAUUGGUGAAUCAAAAAUACGGUGGUUUGAUUCAUCCUGAAAGUUGACAUAUUCAAUUGGUCAGUCCAUUAAAUAUUGGAAGGUGAGAAAAGUGUACAACAGGGGUUGAACAAGGAGUCCUAUAAAUCUACCCUAAUAAUCGUCACUAAUUACAGAUGACAACAGUCCAGUAGUUGUGAACCGUGCGCCAGACUCCAGGUUUAUACUGCUAGGUAUGGUCUGCGUUCCAUAAAGAUUCAAAUAGGCUACAUGCCCUUAAUUAUUGCACAACAUGUAAUACGUCAGCAUAAUAUGAUCCACUAUUGCUAGCAAUACUAAGGAACAACCACACAAACGUGACAGAGGAAAGAUUUAACAAUGGAAUUAUGAGUGGCACCUUUAGGCCUAGAUUUCCGGGGCUUUUUGUUCCAGAAAGAAAUUGUUUUUCUGACUGAACCACAUAUCUUUUGGACGGAAGCUGAACUUUACAAUAUUAUAUUUAACCCCGUUUAAAAUGAGCAAUGUUGAGGUGGUAGAACUGACCAAAUGAAAUGAAUCGUAGACUUAUUAUAACCUAUUCCAUUCUACAGAUUAACAUGCUUGGCUCAUGUCUGUUAUUUCCAUAUAGACUAUGUAACUAUUUGUUAAAAAAAUAAAAGUGAAUUUAUUUCA